AUGGACGUUGAAGCUAGAAAUAGAUAUUGCGGUCUCUUGAUGUUCACAUCUUCGACAGAUGCAAAAACCGGUAGCAUCAUAGUAAACAACUAUGAUACACCAUCUUUUAAUUUCGUGGAUUCAGCAGAACCUGAUGCGUCCUCUAUCGCCGCAGGCGCCGCAGCACCAGACGAAAAUGAAAGUGGAAAAAAAUCCCCAAAAUCACAACAGGAAAAACGUCCACCUCGCCCCCCGAAUGCUUUCAUUUUAUAUAGAAGAGAAAAACAACCUGCUAUCUUGGCCGCUCAUCGUCAUCUUACUAAUGCUCAAAUUUCGAGAUAUAUCGCAGAUUUAUGGAGAAGUGAAUCUAAUGAAACACGUUUACAUUGGGAACGAGAAGCCGAUAAGACUAAAUUAGAACAUAUGAAAGCUUAUCCAAAUUACGUUUAUCGACCAAAUAAGAAAGGAAAAAACGAUAAAAAACGUAGAGAACGAAGAAAAUCUUCAAAUACCAUACUUUCUGCAAAUUCUGUAGAAACUGGUCCAAUUAAAGUAAAAAUAAACAAAGGACAAAAUCGAACCAACUUUUUGAGCGGAACAAGUAUUACUAAAGUUUCUAAUAAUAAUAAUUAUCAAAAUACGAUACCAAUUUCUGCAGUAUCAACAACAACUUCAGGAUCUUCUUGGAUGACUAAUCUUCAUUAUAAUACUGAAACCAAUGGAACUAAUGAAGAUAUACUUACACCGGUCACACCAGUUAAUGACCUUCAAGAUUUUACGAGUUUGUGGACAAUGGUUCCAUCACAACAGGUUGUGGUUACUUCAAAUCAUUCAAAUUUACCUCAUUUAACAUUUCCAAAUGUUAAUGAAUUAUCGGCGCCUACAUUCCGUGAAGAAAUCAUUGAUCCUUCAAUGAUGCUCUUUAAUGACAAUUCCUUUUUCGAUCAAACGGUUUUUAUCAACGCCAAAUCUAAUAAUAAUAAUCCCAACACUGGUGUUGGUAAUAAUCAUUUUGAUAAUACAAUUAACAAUCCAAUCGACGAAAUACUUGCAAGAAUGGAAUUCGAAAGUUAUGGUUUCAAAAAUGAACAAUUAAAUUAA